CUAGAAUAUACUGAUGUAGCUUUAAGUGGAAUUUCUUUGGAGUUUACAGCAGGGAUUCGUGUUGCAUACGGUAUGAGGGCAUACGUUUUGACAUUUUGAUUGCUACGUUGACACACGGGAAGAGAACGUGUGACAUAAAGCUACAUAUCAGCAAGGCUACCACCGAAAAGUGCUAUGAAAUCGCGGAUCGAAAGGAAUUAAUUUAAAUAAUUUCGAACAGAUUUCAGUUAAAUACCGACCUAACUGAUGUUGGAACCGACCCAUGGAACAGAGGUCGUCACGGCUUUGGUUAGAGUUGUAGUAAUCGAUUGUUUCAGUUUCUACCGUGUGUUGCAACUCGAAAUUUGCCUCUCGUCAAGCGAAUCAACAGUGCCUAAUUUCAAUCAAGAAUGGGAAACACACGCAUCGAUAAGACAGGAUAAGCCAUCUUCAAACGAACUCGCGUGCACUGGAGUAAACAGAAGCGAUAUUUCUGUCGAAAAUUUCUCAGAACCAAGAUAAUAUCCGUUGGAACUCAGUCAGCCGAUCACACAUUCCACUCGGCCAUGCAAUGCGAUGAGCGACCGUCAAAAAACAUGGAGGUCGACGUCUACGACGGGCGCAUUCGUGGAAGAAAUUCUUCACAAGUAUAAUUGCUAUUCGGAAACCGAUAAUUUCUUCUCAAGAAUGUCUAGUCAAGCCUUGGCCGAUCGAAUAGCGUCAUUGAAAGGACACGUUUUCUCCAGUACAAACAGUCAUUCCGACAACUGCGAUCAAACCAAUAACUGCGAAGGAGGCGAAAUUGACUUAUCAAAUAAUACCCCUCCCUUGAGGCAGCGUAUGUUAACUUAUGCUGAUGCAGAAAACAAUCAAAGCACCCUUCAAGCCGACUCAAGCAAGUCUGUUAAGGAAAGCGAUCAGCGUGGACAAACUAAACCAAGUUAUUGCGCUUCGAAUACGAAAACCAACGAAGACAUUUUGGAUCUCAGUGCAGAAAUCAACUCAAAUUUGGCGCUCACGAGUAGAACUCUCCCGGGGGAUGGUGAAUUUGGAUUGUCGACUCGAUCGUCAGCUUCGAGUUCCUGCGAUAAAACAGAUGAUAACGAGGAUGUAAUUUGCUUAGAUCACUCUAACCUGUUAGUGACGACCCCGGUAGUUGUAAUAACGCCGGCUGUGAUGGAGGAGUGUGUGGAUGAAGGGAAAACCAUCGCUAUGGUGGAUACGAAUGGUGAUCUUUCUGCCACCAUGUUGGCAAAAGAUUCCACUGAUACUUGCUCUUUGUCAAGUUACGGUUCUUGCUCGGAAAACGAAAUCCUUACCGACGAUGAACCAUCAGACGAUGAAAUGAGACAACCAUUGGAAGACAAAUCUGAUAAGGUACCAAAACAAAACUCAAACUUGUUGAAAAUUCAGUUACUUUAUUUACCAAGUGUACUACUUUUUGCAAUUCGCUCAUGUUGCCUUGCUUGCACAAUUAUUGUGAAUUUUGCCGGUUUGUUUAAUUGUUUUGUUCACAGGUUAGAAAUUUGAAUGAAAUACUCUCAUCAUCCGUUUAAAUAAGGUCUCUUUUGACUUCAGAAAAUAGUGACCGUUUACUUAGAGUAUUUCAGUGUUUAUUUGCUUUGGCAGCACUGCGGAUAAGGAAGGCUUCUUUUGUUGAUGUUUCUUAUGAAAUAUGUUUAUCUCAGUAAGCAUUUCCUGAAUAUUAUUAUUAUUACUUCAAAGUGGCCAAAAUUUCUCUUCGAAAUGGCUUCUAGUUUGUUUUGACCUCAAUCGCGUAUUUUGACUUAGCUGCGUUCAGUAGGGCUUUCCUUAGCAACCCCAGAUUUCACAUAUAUAAUUUUUUAACUUCUACCGUAGACAUUUACAAUGGGAUGGUAAGAAACGUUUGUCAAUUUAUUUAUUUCCAACCGCCGCAGGGUUGGUCACGAUCAUUUGUCAUUAGCUGCGAUUGACGUCAUUUACCACUUGGUUGGAAACUUUUGGCUCGCCAACUGAUCGUUCUCGAUCUAUAAUUAAAUGAAAUAUUUUGAAGCAAAACUUCUCAAAGAGCGAUAUGAAAUGUAAAUACAGUUCAGUUUACCCAAGCCUCUUGAUCGUGCUUUCCUAAGGAUUUUCGCACCGUGUUAAAACCUCAUUUCUCCAUCGGUUAUCGGUUACAAAGUAAAGCACCUUGAGGGAACGAUUACAGAAAAUCAUUAUAUUAUAAGAGUUUGAACUAUUCCAAUGUUUUAAAUUUGAACAUUUCUGUGAACAAUACAAAGAUAUGCAUAGCCAAUGAUUUUAGAUAUUCUGUAUGCCCUUGAUUUUCGCUUUAUUUAAGUACAGCACUUGCUAUUUUUGUGUGUAAGGGUAGAAUAUCAAAUUGCAAUUUCCGUUGCAGAUAGGUGCUAAGAUGUUCCCUGUGAUCACAUAAUUAGGUCACAUUGUAAUCUUGGGAUGAAAAUUACUCUUUUGAUAUUUGAUCAUACCGUGAAUUGUAGCAAUCACAAGGUCAUUGCAAUCAUUGUUUUACAAAAUAUCCUUGUUUGUGGUUUAAAAAUACCUCCACCUGCAACUGAGGCUGUGUGCUAAUUUUGGCAGACUGAAGUGCUUUGAACUUACAAACACUAGCAAUUAUUAAUAACCAUCUUAAAGAACUUUUAGCUUGACCAUUUUUAUGAUAAUCAGAAAGCUUGUGAUUUGACUAACAAGAAAAGAAAGAAAUUCUUAAAUUGAAGGGACCUGAGUCACUUUGUUAUCAGUAUAACAAUACAGUAACUGUCUCUCAUUUAAAUCCAAAAUCAAGCAGGCAAUAUUUUGUUUGCAAAUCUUCCUUGCCAUUUUUGCCAAAAUAGAAUUUUAAAAAAUCUUAGUCAAAAGUGACAUUUUGAUGACUUCAAGCAUGCUAAUAGCAGUUAAUUGUGUUUCAUCUUGCAUGCAGAAGUAUAAAUUGUAAAAUUUGAAUAAUUUUAAUUUUUUAUUAUGUUGAGAUAAAUUGUGGUAGCAUUUUGAUGACUUCAAGCAAGCUGAUAGUAGUUAAUUGUGUUUCAUCUCACAUGCAGAAAUAUAUGAGGGAAUUUUUUUAUUAUUGGUGAUCAUUGACAUGAUUAAAAAAAAAAAAAGACUUAAAAUGAAUUAACAAGAUUGACAGCAAAACUUAUUAGCUAACCACAAAAUGAUUUUUGCAUCAAAUUAUACAUGUGUGUAAAUUAAUUGAAGCUAAGGAAAACAUCUCAAGCAAAGUUUAAGGAGAAAAUAAGCAUAGAAGUAUCAUAGUUGUGAGUAUUUUUCAGGCUUUUGUAGACAGCGGAAUAUGACAGAUUACAGUAGUUCAUCUGUUUAGCUUAAUUAUGUAACAGCUAUGAACUGAUUGUGAAAUGUGAUAAUAUCAAGCAUACUUUCAAUACAGAUGAUGUGUUUUAACACAAUAUUAGAAAUGUCACAGGCUAGAUAUUUUGUAGAAACAUGUUAAAACCCUGAAACCCUUCAUGGUCACAGCAAGUUUUACAUAAUUUAUAUAUGGUGUGGUAUUGCAUUUGUGCAUGAUGGAGGCUGAAUAGAAUAACACUCGCAUGCAAAAAAAAUUAUAAGUACUGUGUAAGUCAGCUGUGACAGAAACUGUUCCACAAGGUCAUUAAACUAAAGUUUCAAAUUAUUCAAAUUUUGAUCAAUAAGUGAAUUUAAAUUAUUGAAAAAGGAGUAAUUUUUCAAAGUUAAAUAUGGCAUCUCUUUAAAAUGAUCCUUUUGUUAGAAUGUGGAAUUUUAUUUUGUACGUUAUGUUUUAUGUAAUUUCUAGUGAGUCUCACAUUUACCUUGUAAAACUAUAAUCAUUUGGUUUUAUUAUAUAUAUUACAUGAUUUUAUGGUUACAAAGCUCAUGUAGUAAUUUGUAAUGGCCGUUUUUAUUUAGAGUAGUUAUAUAAAACUGUCAGGAUUCUUGCAAAAUUUUAUUUAAUGAUAUCUUUUAAAGCCCAUUUGAUGCGUUGCCAAAUUUAAGGUAUUUACAUCUAGGUUACCGAUAUCUUUGUGAUUUGAAAGUUAAAUCUAUUUUAAACUCAGAAAUAUGCAAUUUUCAAACAAGAUGAUUUAACUGAUAAGUGUAAAAUUUUUAAUUUGUGUUAUUGUCAUAGCCAAUGAGAACGAGACUGAUAAUGUGUUUCGGAUCUUUGAUUGAUUUUCUAAGAAGUCAUUGGAGACCAAGGUGUCACGAAAGAAUGAAGAUUAAAGAACCAUAUACUUUGAAUUAAAGAAAAGCAUUUAAAAAUUGAUUGUUACUCUAAAUAAGUGUUUCUUUUUAGCUAAAUUAUCUGUUUUUCAUUUAUUCACGCAUAACAUCUCAAGUUGGUUUAGUGUCCUUUCUAAAGCUAGGAAUUAUUAAUGCGCAUUGAGAAAAUCAUUUUUGUGUUGCUUUUAUAUUUACUGCUUUUUGAAGAGGUAGCAGUUAUUAACAUAUUUAAUAUUAAACAAAUUAAAUUGGCGAGCAUUCAUCAUCAUUGCAACUAUUUUACAACCUCUGCAUGUACAUCUGAAGGUUUGAUACAUUCAGUAGCAUAAUCUGACAUGUCUAAACAUAUAAUUAUGUAACUAAGUUGGUUAAUAUAAAUUUUUGGAUUGGAAUGGGGUGUUUCAAUGCUAAAAAGCAGCAGAGUCAUGAAACAUUUUCAGUGUGAUAUGUAGUGUGUUCCUUCGUUUGUUUUGCAUUAUGAGGCCAAUAUAUGUUUUCAAUAUGAAAAAAGGUUGCAGGAUAUUUCAACACUUCUUGUGAUCUCGAAGGUUAGCGUAAAAUCUCUAAGAAUAAUGUAUAUAAUUUUAUUAACAGUUCUUUCAAGAUUUUUAUAGAUAGUAUGGUGAUUUAUGAAAGACUGUGGCAAGAUCCCAUUACAGAGAAUCUUCUAGGUGAUAUCAAAAUCCUUUUAAGCUUCUCAGUAUAUUUUGUGAUAUCCUUAAAUGAAAAUCUGAAAUAAAUAUGAAAAUCCUUAAAGGAUUCUGGAAUGAAAACCUAAUAGGAUUUUGGCAUUUUUGCCUGGUUUUUUAAGGCUACUUGAUAGAUUUUUCAAGAGUAAUGGAAUAAUGGAAAACUGUAAGGAUUAUUCUGUCACUCUGCAGUUAGAUAUAAUGAUUUUCCUGAAAAAAAAAAAAAAAACUCAAUUCUUGGUCAUACACAUCAGUGGGAAAUGAGCCAUUUUUUCUCUCUGAUUUUUCCCAUGAAUGUAUAUCAUAGUAUUACCAGUUUAUGUAACUUGAAAAGUUGAAACACCAUGCUUUAUCUGUGGCAAAACUGAAAAAAGAUCUGCAUUUUUAAGUUACAGUUUAAUAAUAAUGUAUUUCAGUUCCCAUGAAUAUAAUUUGUUUCCCUUCAAAUUACCAUUUUUCUCCCAGUUAGGAAGCAUUGUUUUUGCUUACAGAUUUAUGUUACUACAAAUGUAUUUUUCUGUAACUUGGUGUGAGUCCAGGCGGCAGUUACUUGGAAAUGAAAUUUCAAUUGUUCACACUUCCUCCUAUGGUAAUUACAGGUCGAUGUUUGUAUUGUGAUGGUACUCAACUGUGUGGAACCUUGGUCAUUAGAUCUCCUGCCAUUGAAAGCCCAGCCACACGCAUAUGAAUUUUAAAUUACAUUCAUUUGUCAUUAUAGUUGUUUCUUGCUUAUAAUUCAGGUCACUCUUGGGGGGAAUUUUACAUAACAAUUAAUAUUUCUCCAGACAGUUAAUGUGAAUGAAGAACAACCUUUUUAUAAGUUGUAUUUUUCCACAAUUGCAACCAGAUUAUUACAAACCAUGAAAUCAUCUGAAGGUAAAUUUUUUUUCCCUUGGGUGAAAAGUUUUUCCCUUAAGGAUUAAUAAGGUUUUUGUGCUUAAAAAACCUAAUAGGUGAUUGUGUGCAUUUUAUGAUUCAGUUCUAACACCUGCUUGUAGAUAAACAGUCUGGUUUCUUGAACAUACAAAAUCUCUUUUCAACAUUUUGGAAGAUUAAAUAUUAGCUAGUUUAGAAAAGCUAGGUUAUCUUAACAAUUCAAUUUAACGUUACCUUGAAAUCUUUUAGAGAGAAUGUCUUGCCAAGAUAGUAUUAAUUUGACCCAAAAUUAAAAGAGGUAUCCAGUAGUGUUCCAUUUUUCCCAAUUCACAUUUUAAAAGGCUUACACAGAAAGCUUUUGAAUGGGUGAUGAGCAAAUGUACAAAUAUGGAAAGAUUUUAUUUCAAACUUUUGAAAUAUUGAUGGCCUCCAAACAGCAAGGAAUAUUUCUCACACCUGAAGAUACUGUGUUGUAAUUUUAACCAGUUAAUCUUACCUUGCUCAUCACCAAAAUUGAUAUACAGUCAGUAUGUUUUAAAGGAAAUAUUUUUUUUAUUGUCUUUGAGACUUCCUUAAUGUUCAAUGAGUUAAAAAUAUCUGGGUGUGAAAAGUGUUUGUGUUACAGCUGUGGUAACAAUCCUGUGCUACAUGAAUUGUGUUUGUGAAUUCACUUUUUUGAAACACCUUUUAAAACUUUGCAAAAUGUAAUUUUGUAAGUUCACUUCUGUUAAUAUUCAUUUACCUUGAAAUGUGUUUUAUUUUGCAGAUUUGAGAUUAAUAUUUUAGUUGCAUGUACAUGUACAUCAUUUCAUUUUAAGUUUCAAAGCAUUGAAAAAUGUUUUUCAGUAAAGGUUUCUAUUGUUCCACAAGUGCAAGUCAUCUUCUUUUGUUUUCCAAUCUCUUAGUUGCAUCCCACACUUGAAAGUAGAUUUUGUUUUUGGAACAAUAAUAUACUGGGUCAUAUGUUUAACUAAUGUUUUUUUAUGCUUAUUUUGCACAUACAUGAAGCUCAGAGUUCAAGUUCUGACAAAGUUAUCAUCAACCUCUAAAUUUGUGUAAAAUGCUGAAAGCUAUCUGCUGGUGAUGUAAAUGACAAAUGAAAACUUCCAGUAAUGUUGUUGUACAACCAUUAUACAGUUGAAUUUGUGGUUAAGUGAUGUGAACUGAAAAUUUUCUCACACAGAAGAUGAAUAUUUUGUCAUCAAGUUUUUAAUUUAUUAUUAAUUAAUUAUUAAUAUUUUUGGGGGGGAUUGGUUAUAUUUUUAUGAAAGUUUUCAUGAAAGUGUUAAAAUUCACUCUUUAUGAGUUUGAUAGCAGCAAAUGUAGUACCUGACUUAUUUCCUGGUGUCUCUUAUCAAUCUCUAAAACCAUAGGAUAGCUGGGGACAAGACAUAGCUGAAGGCAACACAAGCAUUAAGGGAAGGGUGGAAGGGAAAGGAGAGAGAUUUCAUCCUUCCCAUCUACCUCUCCCCCCUGUCCACCCCUUUUGAUUUAAAAAAAGAGAUAACUGGGGAUGAGUUAUAUUUUACAAACCAACUCCAUCCCCCUCAGAAAGCAGGACUCAGUAGUUUAUGUUUAUUGUAACUCUGUUAAGAAGCAUGUUUGUAGAUUUACAAUGUGGUAUUACUUGUAAUGAUUGUGUUAAUUUAUUUUGUAAUAGUGUAGUUUGAUCAUCCAGGUGAGUGUAGUCCUGAGAAGGACUGUUGUCGGUAGUGGUGACUGACAUUUCAACAUCCUGAGCAGAAGUCAUCAUCAGAGUUAGAUUGAGGCCGACCAAUCACAACCAACCUACGCCAAAAUGAGUCUUACAGCUAAUAACAUCAUGGCAAAGUUGACCAUUCAGUUUAUACAAACCACGCUAAGAACAUUUGACUGACAACAACUAUUCACUUGACUCUGAAAUAACUUCCGCUCAGGUUGUCAAAAUGUUAGUCACCACUACCAAAAACAGUCCUUCUCAGGACUACACUCACCUGGACAAUCAAACUACACCAUUACAUGUUACCCCUGGGUUCAAACCAUAUACUGUCAUUAAUUUAUUUUGAUUAAAAGUUAUGUGUUGCCUUGCAGACCCAUUCACGCUGGAAGAAAAUUCGUAGUAUGAUCCACUGGUCUCCAUUUGUACAGAACUUUAAAAAGAAGUAUCCCUGGGUGCAGCUAGCUGGACAUCAAGGUCAGUGUUAAAGAAUUACUUCUUAGAGAAAUUUUAUAUUAAGUGUUUGAAGUAAUUCAUGACUUCUUUCAAUUAGAUAGUUUGGUUUUUAUCAACUGAGUUGAUGAUGUAAACUGGCCACUGUAAAGAGUUUCUUAGGCUGAUGUUCUAAGUGUUAGCCCUUCGUCAGCCCUUUGUUAGCCUAUCACAACAAUGACGAAGGGCUAAUGCUCAAUAUAUUAGCUUUGAGACUCUUUCUGGUGGCCAAUUAACAUCAUCAACUUACAUCAACAAAGCACCACUGACAGUUUUUAGAAACUUACCUCCUUUACUACUUUCAAUUAGUUCGCUUUACUUUUCUCUAUGAUUGCUAUUAACCAAUCAUUGUUCAAGAGACUAUUCUAUCAACCAAUCACACACAAAGGUACAACCAAUCAUGACUUCAUUGCCUGCCUUGGUAGUUUGUUUGUUUUAAAUGUGACUUCUCAUAGGCUGAUAUUAAUGUGAACCUUUGAUAUGAUUGGCUGUUCUGAUUAUUUUUCGUUUUGGUUUAUCAACAGUCAAUUACAAACUGCUCCAACUCACUAUUAGUUCUUGUUUUGUAGUCUACUUGUGGAAGGUGCAGUGGUCAUAUGAUCAAUAUGCUGGGCUCUUGAUCAAAUGAUCUGUUGUGAAAUUUGUUGCAGGAUUUGUAUGGGGCAAAGAAAACCUGGAAAUUUCUAAAAUCUAAUCUAUAUGUCUUUUCAAGGCCUUGAAAUUCAUAGAAAAUAACUGAAAUUCAUUUCAAUUCUGACUCAACAAAAGAGAGAGAUUAUAUUAAUUAAAGAUCUUUUUCGCAUCACUUGGAAACUAACUCUCCCAUGAAGUUCAUAGAAACCAUGCAAAGAAUCAGGGAAAAGAUCAUGGGAAAGUUCAAAUGAGUAUGAGCCCUGUCUUGUAAUGACAGCUUUGUUUUCAUUAUCAAAGGGUGUUUUAAACCAGGAGAAAAUGGCACAAUUCUAAAGAAAUCCACAGACAAAGAGAGAGAAUGUCUUGUGAGGCUAAUGAAAGACAUUUUGAGACCUUAUAUCCCUGAAUACAAGAAAGAAGUUAACAAAGGUGGAGAACGUAUCCUUUCAGUUAUAAAAUGACAAAACUGAUGGAGUUUAGUAAAAAAAUAGUUAACAGUCAACUCCUGCUUUUGCGAACACCCUUGCAGAGGGGGGGGGAGUUUUAGUGUUUGUAAUAGCGACUCUGUAAUAGCUGGGUACAAGAGGAAAAAACUGUUUUGACUCUAAACAUAUGAAAUAUUACAAAGCAGUAAAAUAUCUGGCUACAAGAUGAAAAUUGGCAUCUUAAUUUAUUUUCCUUUUUCAAAAUGUUGCUGUAUAUCAUGCCAGUCAAAUGUUGCACCUUGGGGGGAGGGGAGGGCAUGAAAGUGCCUACAUUUCCAUAAUAGUGAGAGUCCAUAACAACAUGAGUUUGUUUCAGUCCUUUCUUUAUGCGUUUCGCCUGGGGGCUGGCCCUUGUCUGCAAUGGUGUCCUUAAAAGCAAGGUGUCCACAGGGCUAGAGUCAACUGUAUACCAGUCCUUCAGCAUUGCCAUCCUAUCAUUGCCUACAAAUAUUGUGUACACAUGUACAUGGGAGAGCUGUUUUUUAAGAGAGUUGACAAAGAAGUUCUUAAUCUUCCCUGUGUUGGUGAAAUAUUCCUUUCUGCCAAUUUUGUUUAUCUGUUUAAGAAUCAUUUUAAACUGGUUUGUGUGUUUGUUGGAUUGUCCUUGACAAAUAUAAAGGAUAUCUUGAAAUGCAGGAUUUACUACAAGAAUUUGAAACUCCAUCUGUCAUGGACUGUAAGAUGGGAACAAGGUACGUCUUAAUUUUGUCAUCCUAGCCUAAUAUAUAUCUUUUGGAAAACUUGGUUUAUUUAGUUCACUAUAAUGUCAGGAGAGAUUAUCGGUAAUAUGAUUUCAUGUGAGCAAUACUUAUAAGAUCUGAUUGCUUGCUUAUUGUUUUUCAUGUAAUUUAUAAAAUUUUCUUUAUUUUUUUCUUUGUUUUUUUUCAUAUCUCCUCGUUUGUGUUUUUGUUGAGUUUGUUGGCGUUUCUCUUCGUCAGUUACACCUUUUCACAUGUUUCUUAUACUGCAUGUUACUUUGCAGUCCUCUUGUAUUCAAAGUUUCUUUUAUGCAAUAUCACUUUUCAAGUCAGUUUAUCUAAAUUUGCACGUGGCGUAGUUCUCUGUUUAGAAGUCUUCAAGUUAUUUGAUUUUGCAGUUAUACAGUCAUUAAUAAUAAUAAUAAUAAUAAUAAUAAUAAUAAUAAUAAUUAGGCAUUAUAUCAAUGUAAGUUUUUUUUCCUUUAUCUUAAUUAGUCAACUUAACUCUAAUUUAUGACCAUGACUGGAAAUCUUUUUGCUUUCUUUGAUUUUCAGAACAUACUUAGAAGAUGAAUUGGCGAAGGCAAAGUCAAAACCCAGAAAAGUGAGUACCACUUAAUAAGCCAUUUACUCAACUUUUAAGUUUAGGAGAGAUGGUAGUCAUGUGUACAUAGAGUGUAAUGGACUCAGAAUGAAAGGUGCAGGCUGUGACACUAAGCUCUGGCAGGGUCUUUGCAUUUUUUUCUUGGAAGCCAUGAAAAAUUUUGAGGAGGGGGACUCCUCAGAUGGGUUACCCUGUGCUGGACAGGCCACCCAUCUGGAGUGGGAGUUAUAGUACUUCUUGUUGCCUCAUGCUGCAGAAACUGCAGUAAGUGUGACAGGAUGUCCUCUCUCGAGAACAAUCAAAUAUCAUUUUACCUCAGUUGGAGGUAAUGUCACAAUCUAAUUGGCAAAUUUGCCAUUGUGAAUAAGAGUACAGACAGUGCUGCUUGGGUCAACAUGUCAUAAUCUCAGUCAUUUGAUGUCGAUAUUGUCAGUGGUUAAAAAAAAAUAUAUUGACUGUGGUUUAGCAUGGUCUGUACUCUAAUCAGCAAUGAUAAAAUUUGAAGUGGACCCACACUGCUGCGCCUUGUACAGACUAUGCUAAACCAUGGUCAAUUUGUUACAUUGAUUAAUUUAGAAUUAAUAAGAAAUGUAUGGCAGAUAGUGUUGAGAACUGAAGUUUACAUCUUGGGAGUGAAAAAAUGGAUCCCCUUUUCUACAUUUUCUAAUUGUUAAUAACAAUGAUUCUUUUUGUAGGAUUUGUUCCAAAAGAUGGUAGAAGUAGACCCCAGUGAACCCACUGAGGAGGAGAAGAGGGAAGGUGGAAUAACCAAGCCACGUUACAUGCAGUGGAGGGAGCAGCUGAGUUCAACUUCAAGCCUGGGUUUCAGGAUUGAAGGAAUUAAGGUUUAAGAUACACUUUAAGCUUAUAGUGAUUGUUUUUAAGCUUCUCAGUUUUUGGAAUUAUUUCAAAUAGUCACACAGUGUUGAAAGUAGCAGGAUUGGACUGGUGUUAUUUUAGUCUCCAAUGUGAUUGUGUGUUGCAAAGCAACACUCCUUUCUUGGGUGGGGGGGAUUUGUGAGACCUUUCUUACUGUUACUACCAUUGUUGCAUUAAUGGGCUUUUCUGAUGAUGGCUUGAAAAUAAUUACCUUAUCACAAUGUGAAAGCUUUACCAUUUAGUCCAGAAUUCAAUUGACAAAUUUUUAAUUUAGUUGCUUGGAAAUGUUUGCAUUACUCUAUCUAACACACAUCAUGUGAUGAUUGUAUAGUAUUGACUUACUAUUGCAUGUUAAGGUUUUUAUAUAACUUUGUGUUAAUCUUGUAUCUUGAUCUUCCCUUUCUUUGAAGAAAGGUGAUGAGAAGCCCAACAAAGAUUUCAAGAAAACAAGAACAAAGGAAGAUGUUGAUAAAGUUUUUACAGAGUUUAUUGGUGAUGAUGAACAGAUAAGAGUAAGUUUUUUGUAGUGGUAUAAAAACUUCUUGCUGCCAUGAAGUGAAAUUGUGCACAGAAUCCAAAAGAAUGUGAUGGGAUAGAGAAGCAUCAACUAAAAUUGUUUUCUAGAUGCUGUCUAUCCUUACCCAGUAGCCACCUUCCCCAAUGGCCUCCCUCCCUCCCUCCCCUCCCCUGUCACUGUAGGCACAGUUGUUCAAGGCUGGGUUAACCCUUUAACUCCCAUGAGUGACCAAGACAGAAUUUCUCCUUACAAUGUAAAUACAAUAUCAAGCAGAUAAGUGACAAGAAUAAAGAAAAAUAUCAAUUUGGGGAUAAUUAGUUGAUCCAAUACUAAAUUCUCUGAACUAAUAUUAUAAGAAUUGUAUGAUUGACAGUAAGAAGAAUUAUAAAUUUGAUCUGGGAGUUAAAGGGUUAAGGUAAUCCAUGGUAAGUGUGAAAUCAGAUUUUUGAACUUAAAGCUUUAAAUUAACGGAAAUACAGACUGAGUAUAAAUUUAUUUUGUUUGCAAUUUGAUAAUUGAGUACUUUAAAAAGAAUACAGAAAAUUAUCCCAAUGGUGCUUUUGAACAAAGGACCAAAAAUCAUGGAUUAACAUUUAACUUUAGGUUAGCACUAAUCUGCAUUCAAACAACUGGGCCCUGAUCUGUACAGUGUUUUGGAAUUGACUUGCUCUGACAAAAAUGUAUUUACAGUUGAAGUCUGAGUUUUAAGUCUUCUUUCUUGUUUAGUUUUUCUUAAUUUCAAUGAAUUGAUAAUGAGGGAGUAUUUUCCUGAUAUUCAUUUAUUGUUUAUUAUCCAUUUAGAAAAAAUAUAUAAGACGACUAAAAGCUAUAAGAGCAACUUUAGAAUCUUCACCAUUCUUUCGCUCUCAUGAGGUGAGUGAAUUAUGCUGUUCUUGCCUUACAUGUAAUUUGCUAAGUAUAAACUAUCCUUACUUGAAGAUCCUUCUCCCUAAACUAAGCAACUUCAGCAUUUGCAAAUUGGUUCUCUUGCAAGGAAGCUUGCACAAAUUGAAUGGAUGGAAUAUGGAUGUGGGUGGUAUCUGGGGGCCUACACUUCAUCCAGGUAGCCCCUUGGUGGAAUAACAUGCCCAUGUCAUGGCUGGCAAUUACUUGCAAUGUAAUACAGUCAGGAUUGCCCACAUCAGGCAGCUGUCAACUCAUAUUUGAAGCUUGAAAGAAAAAAGAAAGGCUGGCUAGGGUAAAAAGGGUGGAAUGGAGUGUGCCUGUGAAGCAACCAUUACAAAACCAUUCAAGACCUUUUGAAAACAACUUCUGCUAAACAGCCUAAGAACUACAAAAUCUAGCCAUAAUGAAGUUGCAACAUUCCAUAUUAGCCUGUACUUAUGAGAUUUACCACAGUACUGUCUGGAAGAUCCUGCUGAUCCUUUGGCAGUUACUUUUGUUAAAUCAUCACUAAGAUAAAGUUGAAAUUAUUUUUCAUUUUUCACUCUGAAAAUUUUCAAAUUCCUUUCUUGUUUUUGAAGACAUUCAUUUUUUGUGAUAUGAUGUCAUUACUAAACAUAUAUGUUGUACCUGUUUACACUCCAGGUGGUUGGUAGUUCACUGUUAUUCGUCCAUGAUGCAGAUGGCCAGGCCAGCGUGUGGAUGAUCGAUUUUGGUAAAACCACCCCACUUCAAGAUGGAAUGUGGUUGAAUCACAGAACACCUUGGGAGGAGGGCAACCACGAAGAUGGUUACUUAUGGGGUUUGGACAACAUGGUUGACAUUUGGUCACAAAGAUGAUCUUUACUCUGAAUUGUAGGAGCUUAGCUAAAAGUAAUUAUUGUUGACAAUUCUAUUUUACAAAAUUGUAUCUGUCAAUGAAUGCAUGUGCUGUAUGUAGGUUUUGUUUCAAUGUAGACUGAGGAAUGGAAGAAAGUGGUUACAAAAGUCGUAAUGCUUACCAAGAAAGUCAUAGAAUGCAUGUUUUGGUGUAAAAAUGAUAUAAAAUGAUCAUGCUUAUAGUAUGUUGGAGGGGUCCUAUGCUUUUGGUAGUAAAGUUCAAACAAUUAAUAUUUUUAAGUUCUUGAAGCAGAAAAGUAGUGAAAAUCAUGGAAUUGUGAAUACUGUAAAGACUGCAAAACCUGUUGUCAAAGGUUAUUACAACUAACAUUUCAUGUUGGUAGACUGGCUUAUUGUUUGGGAGUGAGAUCAAAGGAACAAAAAAAAUUACUGUUCAGAGAUGGCCUUAGAGAGAGGAAAAAUAUGGAAAUGUAGACUGUAGAAUUCUAUGAAUUUUUAGAACUCUUCCAUCCCAAUCCUUUUGUAAAUCAGCCAAUCCAGAAGGAAAUGUUUACAUACAAUCUGUGAAAAAAUUAUUUGACACUUGACUGUGUUAACCUUCUCCAAGGAAUUAUUAUGUUGCUGGUGAGUCAACCUGUAGGCUUUAGACAGUUUCUAGGUAGUGCACCUUGAAAACUUAUUCUGUUGUCUCAGUAACCUGAAACAUUGUCAGCCUGCCUUAGAGCAGUGUUACAGUUUGAAAUGAUUCGAGAAUAUUCUCAAGGUCGUUAGGCAAAAUACCAUAGGUCAUGACAAUUUAACACAAGAAUUGUAGGAGAUAGCCAGGGAACUCGGGGAUCUCUGAAGUCUAGUGGACAUUAAACCACAGGUUGCCAGAAUUCACAUUUUCCUUUAUUCAAUGGUGUACAUUCACAGAAAACAAAGCCCAACAAUAUACAUGGAAGAGGGGGUGAGGCAUUAAGGGUAUUUCGUGUAGGAAGAAAAUUGCUACGAUAAACCGAAUUUUGAAAUCUCAGUAGCAAUGUGUCAACUAGUUUUUCACAGAUUGUAGAUGAUGGACUUUGAAAUGAUGGACUAUGGAAAAUAUAGGGCUGGGGUGUUGUACCACAAUACUAAAGCUGUGAUGUAGCACGUCUUACCACUUCAAUUCCAUAGGAAUAAUUUACAAUACAAUAAUAUCAAUACAAUAUUAAGCAGACAAGUGAUGAGAAUAUAGAAAAAUGUCAACUAAGGGAUUAUCAAUAACUGAUCCAAUGCCAAAUUCUCCAAACCAACAUCAUAACAAUUGUAUGUCAGACAGUAAGGAGAAUUACCUAGGAGAUCUUAGGUGUGAAAGGUUAAGGAUGUUUACUUGUUUCCUGUUUUCCCCCAAAAUCAUCAACUGCACAUGCUCUGUUGUAUGUUGGCUUGUAAGUUAACGAUGCUAAAUGCUAGUCAAUUUAGAAAAUAAUAAGUAAGAAUGAAUAUAUUCAUUGUUAUAGUUAGUUUGACAAGGGAUUUCAGUUGUCCAGGGAAGAUUGUUUAACAUCAUCAGUACUCAACCAGCUAUAAGCUGUUUCCUUCACUGUUGAUGUUUUCAAAGUGUUAGUUCCCAAGUGGAAUUUCAGUCACUGUGAACCACAAACAUUUGCUUCAGUAGAACUGAUGCUAAUGGUGAUGGCUAUUAAAACCACUGCAAAGUUUUCAUGCUACAUAGUGAGUCAGAGACCUCUUACAAUUGACUCGUGGCCUCAUCCCUACUUUUUGUUCAGGAAAGGGGCACUCUUAAAUUGGCUAAAGAGAUACUGCAUUUUUAGAGAUAACUCAGUCUGUCUCUCAAAAUAGUCCAAAGUAAUUCAAUUUACAGUUUCAUUUAUUUACAAGAUGUACAUUGUCUAUUUGAAAAGUGGUCAAACCAACUCUGUCAAGAAUAUAUUUCUUAGUCUGUAACUCUGACCUCUUAUUUAAAACGUUAGCAUUUUGGUUUACUGUGACUGAGUGAUCUAAUACUCUGACUUGUAAAUAUAUAUUGCUCAUUAACUGUGCAUGUGAUAAAUGAAGAUAUGUACAUUGUAUAUUAACAGUUAAUGUUGAAAUUCAGGGCUGUUUUUUUUGUCCACUUUUUUGUUACACGGUGAUUAUGUUAAAUUUCAGUCACUGUCAUGAUGUAACGACCAUUAAAUUUUUUUUGUACAAACUUGUUUCAUUUUGCUGAUGUAAGCCUCAUUUGAAACUCAGCUGAGUGCACCACAAAGCUUAAAUCUUUUUACUUAAACAAAUUCAAACUACUUACUAGCAGAAAUAUAAUAAAAUACUGCAUUCUUUACCA